GGCAAACUUACUCUAAAUAGCAUCACCUUUAAUCCAGUUUGUAAAUAAGUACGAAAUCUAUUUAUCACAUUGCCUCUUGCAGUGAAUGAGACCUGAUCGUGAUUGCAUAUAUUUUAAACUAAAUUAUAAUUGCCUUCUUGGAACCUUGUGUCGUUACAUGUUUCUUUCCGAGUUGUUUAGCACACGGACGCUUUUUUAUGUAUAGCGGUGGUUGAAUCGUGGUUCUUUAGUGCAACACUGAGUGCCAAACGGAGUAUACAGUUUUAUCAUAGCGUGAAGAUAAACAGACAUGGUAGUUUUUGACACACGGGUGGUUAUCGUGGUGACUGACAGAACGGCUUUAAUAACGUUAGACUGCUGCGAUGCGCUGCUAACGACUUUAUCCAACACUGUGUUAACGUGUUUGCUAGAUUAGCAACGCCACCCUGCUUAAACACCACUAAUCCUCUCCGCGUAAACUCCACCCCACACCUCAGCCUGUCUUCUAAAUCAGCACGCAGGAUGCCUAAUGCCAGUGCAAGGCCGAAGCAUGGCAGGAGGACCCGAAGACGACGCAGAGAGGACCCUGCCAGGAACGAGCUGGUCUCUAGUUCCCUAGAAAGCGCCCAGCAGUGCCUGUUCCGCCAAGAUUAUGGGACUGCGUUUGUGCACUACCUUCUGGUCCUCAACAUCGCACCAGUGUUUAAGGAGUUUGCGAGGGAGUCCUUCAGGUUCACCCUCUUCAAGUGGACUGAAGAGCUGGACUCUGUGGGCCGCAUUCAGGACCUUUUUGACUGCUAUGAACAAGCACUCGAACUUUUCCCUGCUGAUGAAGUCAUCCUAAACAGCAUGGGCGAACACCUCUUCAGGAUGGGAUUUAGAGAUGAAGCCGCAGGUCAUUUCCACAAAGCCUUGAAGCUGAGACCAGACUAUCCAGAAGCCAGGGAGAACUUCUACCGUGUGGCCAACUGGCUGGUGGAGCGCUGGCAUUUUCUAAUGCUUAAUGACCAUGGGAGGAACCGGAAGUACCAACAAGCCAUUCAGAAGGCUGUUCAGAGCGGCUGCAACACUGUACUUGACAUAGGUACUGGCACUGGGAUCCUCGGCAUGUGCGCUAAGAAGGCGGGGGCGGCCGAGGUGUAUGCCUGUGAGCUGUCAAAGACAAUGUAUGAACUGGCCUGUGAGGUGGUGACUGCUAAUGGCAUGGAUGGCAGCAUUAAGAUCCUCCAUAUGAAAUCUCUGGAUAUGGAGGUGCCAAAGGACAUCCCACACAGGGUGUCAUUGGUGGUGACAGAAACUGUAGAUGCUGGAUUGUUUGGAGAGGGCAUUAUAGAGAGCCUUAUACAUGCCUGGCACCACCUCCUGCUGCCUCCACAGAAAGGUGAGAGUGAAUCCAGGGAACAAUGUGCAACAGGACGGGUCAUCCCUGCUGGAGCCACUGUGUUUGCUAUGGCCGUCGAGUGCCUCGAGAUCCGCCGGCAUCACAGGCUGUGUGUGUCAGAAGUUGGCAGUCUGUCCAUGGCUACAGCCGGAGAGCUCCGUAGCCCAGUGAGCUGCAGCUCUGAGCCAGAUGACUCCAUGGAGCCAUACACUACAGAGAGACUCAGCAGAUUGCCGGGAGGAUAUAAACCUCUCACAGAGCCCUUCACAGCCCUCACCAUAGAUUUCAAUAACGUGCAGGAACUGGAAGGCCUGAGCUCCAGGGAGGUCCAGCGGGUCCGUCUGCCUGUCACUCAGGAGGGGGAGCUGGAUGCUCUGGCCGUGUGGUUCCAACUCCACCUAGAUGAGGAGAGCUCUCUGUCUACUGGACCGCAAGAGGACACGUGCUGGGAGCAAGCCAUCUACCCUGUUCACAGCACCAAGGGUUUUGUCCUGAAACCUCAAGACGAGCUACUUGUUGAAGUCUCCUGCCGAGAUUCCUAUUUGAGGCUCUGCAGUGUCGCUGCAGUGAGAGAUGGGCAUGAAAUCCGUCUGGACAAGCGUGUGGACUUGCACUUCUCUGGAAACCCCAUUUCAAACCCAAACCCAGAGGCAGAGCUUUGCAGUGCAUUAGCAUGUCUUCAGACUAAAGACUUCUGCAUGCUGGAAUGCUCAGAAAUGGCGCUCGUGAAUAAUCAGGACUACCAUUGGAGUUUUUGCAGCGCGUUGGUCAAACUAAUCUCCCAGCUGAAGGUCAGGUGCCGAAACCAAGAGCAAGGACCAGGUGUUCAGUCUGACCUCGCUGACCCUCCUAACCCAACGGACUGUAGUAACCUGCUGUAUGUGCUGGAUGUGUCCGAAGGCUUCUCCCUGCUCUCCCUCAUCGCUGCCAGCCAGGGGCAUGUAAAAGCCUACAGCUCUGUGGAGAAGCACAAGCAACAGGAGGUGCUAAAGAGAAUGGCUCGCUCCAAUAACAUCUCAGAGCAGCACCUAGAAUUCUGGCUCAACCACAUGGAGGACGAGCAGGGGAUGCUGCAGAGACCGUCCAGGGAGAAACUGUGGAGCGCCAUCAUCCUGGACUGUGUAGAGACCUGCGGCCUGAUACGACAGAAAUUGAUGGAGAAAGCUUCCCUGGCCAGGUGUCUGCUGGAAGAGGGAGGACGUAUUUUCCCAGAACGGAUCGUGGUGUACGGUAUGCUGGUGGAGUCAGACACGUUGCUCCUUGAAAGUGCUGUCCAGGGACAGGAGCCAACACUGGGAUUCAAUAUCGCUCCCUUCAUCAACCAGUUCACUGUACCAGUCCAUGUGUUUCUGGAUUUUUCCACACUGGAAUGCAGUCAUCUCAGCGAGUCUGUGGAGCUGUUUGUCCUCGACCUAAUGGAUGCCAACGUAAACUACACUACUAGAGAUGUCAAGGUCCAGGCCACGUCUGCAGGCAGAAUAACUGCAAUUCCCUUCUGGUACCACAUCUAUCUGGACCAGGAGAUCAGUGUCAGCACCCUCAGCCAGAACUCGCACUGGAAGCAGGCGGCUGUAGUGCUGCAGCAGCCCCUGGAGGUACGGGCCGGAGACUGGGUCUGCCUCGCAGUGAAGCUUCACAAGAGCAUCAUCUCCAUAUCAGCCCAUGUAGACAAUGCCUCUGGGCCAAUGGAGUACUAGUCUCUUACAUUCUAGCUUUGGAACCACUUUGAUAUAUUUCAA